UCUAAGCAUCGAGUGAACAUUGCCCACCACUAGACUGCCUAAUCAUUCUGCCUCAUUUUCUACGAUGCUACGUACCGCAUUAAAUCAAAGUGCCCGAAAAUUCGGCACUAACGUCUCUUCUUCGGUAAAACAACACCGAUUAGAAGGAAAAGUCGCGAUUGUGACAGCGUCUACAGAAGGGAUAGGAUUUUCUAUAGCGAGACGUUUGGCACAGGAAGGUGCUAAAGUGAUGAUCAGCAGCCGUAAAGAAGCAAAUGUGAAAAAAGCUGUAGAGGAACUUCUGUCCGAGGGAUUGCAAGUUGCAGGCACCGUCUGUCAUGUGGGAAAGGCAGAAGAUAGGAAAAAUUUAUUUGAAAAAACCAAAUCAAAUUUUGGAGGUCUGGACAUUCUGGUAUCUAAUGCAGCUGUUAACCCAGCAGUUGGUCCCGUAUUAGAUAGCACCGAGGAAAUAUGGGACAAAAUUUUUGACAUCAAUGUCAAGUCUACAUUCCUGCUUAUGAAAGAGUCUCUGCCGCUUCUCAAAUGCAGUGAAUCACCUUCUAUUAUUAUUGUAUCUUCAAUCGCUGGAUAUCAGCCUUUUGGUUUGCUAGGUGUAUAUUCAAUUAGCAAGACUGCUUUACUGAGCCUAACUAAAACUACUGCGGAGGAGCUUGCAAUUGAAGGAAUUCGUGUAAACUGUAUUGCACCAGGAAUAAUAAAGACCAAGUUUUCACAACCGUUAUACGAAUCAGAGGAAGCCUACAAUGAAGCAAUAUCACGUAUUAAUAUGAGAAGACUGGGAACAUCAAAUGAGAUUGGAAGUGUCGCUGCAUUUCUAGCAAGUAGCGAUGCUUCUUACAUUACCGGUGAAACUAUAGUAGCAUCUGGUGGUAUGCAUGCAAGACUCUAAAAUUUAUUUACAAUAAUAUUACAUUUUUAUACAUUUUUUUACAUUAAUAUCUCUAGCUUUGUACAAUAAUGCUAACAGAGAAAAUGUUUUAUUUUUAUUCUUAAAUCUUUUAUUUUUGUAUGUAUAUAUGU